GUGCCUUUGAUAUCAGUGGCACAUUACACCCUGAAAACAAUCGGACGUGUGAUUGUCACUUCCUUUAAAUAUUAAUUGUAAAUGCAGUCCAUAAUUAUCUGCUUUACUGUAUUGUGUUAAUCAUUUAAAUAAUUUUAUAUGAAGAGAAAAUAAUUCAAGAUCCAGACCGAAGAAAAGCUCCUAAGGAGCAUUUACGGCGUCACAGCCCAGCGAAGGGUCGAACAGAGCUCACGACGACCGAUUCAACAUGAAACUUCUUAUAGCAGUAGCGUUACUAUGCGUGGCGGUCUCUUGGGCCAAGCCUGCCUCCACCUACACUGACAAAUGGGACAACAUUAAUGUGGAUGAGAUACUAGAGUCACAACGCCUUCUUAAAGCUUACGUUGACUGCCUGCUCGAUAGAGGUCGCUGCACUCCUGAUGGCAAAGCCCUCAAGGAAACUCUUCCCGAUGCUCUCGAACACGAGUGCGUCAAGUGUACGGAGAAACAGAAGUCUGGCUCAGAGAAGGUGAUCAGACACUUGGUAAACAGGCGUCCGGACUUGUGGAAGGAGCUGGCGACCAAGUAUGACCCUGACAACAUCUACCAAGACAGAUACAAGGACAAGAUCCAAGCUGCCAAGGGCCAGUAACGUGGCAAGACUUAGCUGUGAACGUUCCACAGCUAGUGAAUAGGUGAUGGAAGUGUAAAUUGUGAUUAAAAACGCAGUUACCAAAGCUUUAA